AGGCUCAGUGAAGUGAGGGUGUGAGACAUCUUUUGUGCGUAAAUCUCUUGUGUGCUCUAAUCGGCCGUUUUCAGAGCCAUUAUUUCAAUAUGAACAUAGAGAUGUUAUUAAGUGCCGCUGAAUUCGUGGAGAGGAGAGAUAGAGCAAUGGAGCACGGGUACGCAGCAGCACUGCCACCCUCCUCACCAUCACCACCAUCGUCACCAUCAGCGUCAGACUCGCUGGGCUCACCACCACGUUUGGGCCGUCAGUUGACCAGCAACCAUCACCACCACCACCAUCACCACCAUAGAGGGAAGAGCGCUGACGCCGUCAACCCUCACCACCAUCACCACCACCACCAUCACCACCAUCGCUCUGCCAACAGGCGUCCUAGAGCUCGGCCUAAACAGAUCGCUAACAGGAGCACACACAACGAGCUGGAGAAGAACCGGAGAGCUCACCUGCGCACGUGCCUGGAGAAGUUGAAGCAGCUGGUCCCGCUGGGCCCCGAUGGCUCGCGACACACAACACUGGGCCUCCUCAACAGGGCCAAGGCCUUCAUACAGACACUAGAGGAGCGUGAGCGCAGUAGCUGCAAGACGCGGGCGCAGCUGACGCGGGAGGGCGCCGCGCUGCACCGCCGCCUCGACGACCUCGGCUUCCCUAGCGACGCCCGCGUCGCCCUUCUCUCCAAACGCCGCUCCGUGUCCGAGAGCAGCGGCCUGUCCUCCUGCUGCUCACCGCCCCACAGGGACGCGGGGUCCUGCUCAGAGUAUGACGAGGUGCUGAGCUACUGCAGCAGCUCCCCCAGCGACACGGACGACUGGCAAGGCUUCCAGUCCUCCUUCCCCGCGGCUGGGGAAGCCUCCCUCACGGGGGAGAUUAUUGGCAAUGGGGCUUCCCUGUCCUCCUCAACCCCAUCCAACUUUUCCCCCAUUGGGGGAAGUCUUUUCACGGGCAUGUCCCCCAAGAUCUCCUCCUCCCACUACCAGCCCACGGUGAUGUCCUCCAACUUCAUUUUCUCGGGGACCGCCACAUCGAAGCCUUCCAAGGGCGUCGUCCGCCACCCCAGCGGCCUGACCGCCAGCAAAAGCAUAAGGAUCCCUAACAGGGCCUCUUCGUCCUCUCUGUCCUCUUCUUUGUCCUCUUCUUCGUCCUCAUCGUCGUCCUCCAGCGAUGGCGGCGUGGCGUCCUUCACUCAGCGGCUGUCCAUCAGCGACAACCGUGCCCUGCCAAAGAUCAACGUCGUGUCCGCCGUCCACGCCCACCGCUUGGCCGCCACUGCCGUCCUCUAGGGGAGGACGACUCAAGAGAUUGCUGUUGUCCCGACACGUUACCACGUCUUCCCCUGGGAGGGGAAAUAUCAGCCGUGCAGAGGAGGGGGAGAGUGUGAGGCGGGGGAUGAGAGGGAAGCGUGAUGUGGGGGAUCAGGAAUGUGUGUAGGGGAAUUAAAGUAACGCUUCAGGGGAUGUAAGGGACGAGUGUAUGAGUGGGAAGAGCAUCCAUCCACUGGCCUCUGAUAUGGCGGCCCCGAAGUUAUUAGGGCUAUGGGGAAUAAGUCAUCCUCGCAGCCCCAACUAUUGGGGCUAAGUUGGGCGGAGAGAGAAGGUCCGUACCUGGGGUUGACGGGGCAAGUUAAUACUGACUUCCCCAACUUGGCUACCCAUGGGGGUAGGGUGAGGAAGGCUCAGCUUAGAACUUUCCAUGUUUCGCUAGAGGCGCGCUUUUGACUGCCAACUAAUAAGGAGUUAAUGUAACAAUGUUGAUCGUCUUUUAGGUGAGCAUAAUAUUGAAAGAUUGAAUAUAAUGGGAGUGUAAAGGGGAGUUAGGGAACAGGGAGCUCCCAUAAGCAGGAGCGUGGCGGGGGAGGAGGCCUGCAAGUUCCCACACACAACAAAGUUUAAGUGCAAAUGGAUUUAAUUAUAUGCGUAAUUUCUUGGUGAAAAUCACCCUAAAUUUGGCAAUUUAGGUGCCCGCUAUAAAACUUUAUUGCAGAAUGAAAUAAUAUUUAUUUAUAUAGCUCAACAUGAAUAUCUGUAUGCAGUAGACUCAGGAGUCGGAUGAAGCUAGCGAAGGCCGUGGGUAUUUCUUGUCAAUAAGCAUCUAGAUAUUCCGAGGAGGGCCAUCAAUGUUGUUCUUAAUUAGAAACAACUGUGAAAACAAUGUUCAUGAGUCACAAUUUACCACAAACCUGUUGAUUCAGACAUUAAAGAUAGGACGAACAACUCCUGACAUGAAGAUGGCCGACACGCUCGCCUAGUCUCAUGAUGUCGGCAGAAGCAUUUCAUUUCUCCGUCCUUAUCGAUGUCGCGGAACUUACCAUGAAGAUCAUUAACCAAGAGUCUGGACAGCUCAUCGUAAAAUAGGACAAAGUCGUGAAAAUUUUCCCGUGGAUGACAAGUUAUCAUCGAAGUUGUUACUGCGACUCUAUGCUUAGCUUUCUUGGCCAGUCAAGACUGGGUCCUGUUCUAACCAGCUCACAAGUAUUCGCACUUGUGCCUCUCGAAAAUCCAAUAGAAAUCUUUCAAUAAAUUAUUUCAUUUUGUUGCGCUUCAAAGGUUCCUGAACAGAAAAAUUCUUCACUGCCUAAAAUUUUGUGAAUAACCAUCCCACCACACUGGCUACGGAGCUCGUGGGGCGAGAGAGGAACAUCCGCGCUGUGCUCGCCCAAGAAGCUCUCAUCAUCUCUUGUGUUUGUGCCAUACACAUGAACGGACUUUGUUGAUGCUGGCUUCAGAUUUUUGUGAUUUAUGUUACGAAUCAUAAGCUACGAGAGGCGAAGGAAACACUGACGUUGAGAGGAAGGAACGUCAAUAGUUUUCUCUAAGAGGAACUUAUAACUCCUAACUCCAAUCUUCAAAAAGUUUACACGAGUUCAACUUCAAAAUACUGGCCGUAAAAAUACAAAUAAUUCAAAAUACAUCAACACUCAUAUCAUCGAGGCACUUGAGAAGGUCAUUGCCAGUUGGUUGGUACAGUACAUAGAGUAGCUGAUUUUUCAACAGAAGGCAACUCGGUUUCUGAUGAAAUCGGUCCUGCUUGUCCAAGUUGCUGGCGCAUAUCCAGCAAAUUCUGACCAAGCUCAGGAGAGGGCUGGCGUGGACAUGAUUUAUUUGAACUUCGCGAAAGCCUGUGACGAAGUUAACAAUGGAGUUCUCUUCCUCAAGUUCUAAACACAUUGAUUAUGCACGCUGUUCAUGAUGACUUUAGGUCAAGCAAGGACAUGGUGAAGAACGGAGUACGCCAGGGAACGGUGCUGAGCCCGAUCCUCUUCCUCAUUCACAUCGUUGACAUAGACGUGGAAAAGAGUCACGCCUCGACAUCGUCAUUUACCGACGAAACCAAUGACAAUAACUGACAGGACAGACUGCGAAAGGUUGCACGAAGAUCUGUGUAAUAAAUUAAUGUGCCCAAGAGAACAACGUGCAAUUUGACGGGACCAAGUUUGAGGAUCUGCGACACGGAGGUGGUGGAAGAGUCGAGAUCGAACACCUCGCAAUACAAGGCACCGAAAUUAAAGAUCAUCAACUCUUUCACAAUCUCGAAAUGAUGAUCAGUAGCCAGGCCACGUUCGUGAUUACGUCGUAUUGAUAAAUGAAAGAGGCUAGCCAUUGAUGGGCUAGAUUUUGCAGAUAUUCAGAGCAAGGCAAGCGGAAUCGAUAAUUGCAUUAUUCAAGGUCCCUAUGUUCCCUCUCCUUGAGUACUGCUGUGAGCUUUGGUGUUCACGAUCGGGGCAGUCGGGCAGAUGGAAGUGGCCAGAGAAUUUUACUGUCUUGGAUCAAAGGCAUGGAAGAGCUAAACAUCUUGGAAAGGUUGAACCAUCUGUGAUUGUACUCAUUGCAGAAAAGACGGAAGAAGUAUGUCAUUCUGUACACAUGGAUAAUAACAACCGUACUGGCCUCUAACUUUGAAAGCGAGAUCCUCAGGAUUGCGAGAUAACUCAACACGAGAAAAAGGAGACUGUGCAGGAAUACGGAUGUCUUAUUACGAAACCGAGCAGAGAUUACAAUCUCUGCGUGUUGGAUCUGUGCACGUGGCGAGACUGAGGCUAUUCAACGCCUUGCCAAUGGGCUGGGAAAACUGAAUUACAUCCCAUGGACCUUCAUGAGACGACUAGAAGGCUUCCUGGGGCCAUACUUUCACAACUCGCUAAGUUAACGUAAGUACUUACGCUC